AUGGAUAAUAAAUUGAUUGAAAACAGUAAAUCCACUUAUUCCUUUUUUUUCAAAAACUUAUCUGUUACCGGUUUUUAUGAAGAAAACGCUCUGUUUAUGACUGUUAAGGAGUUAUUUGAUAACUCCAUUGAUGCGCUGUGUAGUAGUAAGGUACAUGAAAAUAAAGAAGACAAAAAAGGAGAAAAAAGAGUAGUACAAGAGGUCGAAAAAAAGGUUGACAAAAAAGUCGAAAUAUUAAUAAGGGAAUAUAACAAGAAUUUAUCUUUUUACGAAAUCACAUGUAGAGAUAAUGGUGAGGGGACAGAAAUAAAAGACUUAGAAAAAUUUUCGGAAAUGUUUUUAACAUCAAAGGAUAAAUGUAAAACUAGCGGUAAAUUUGGUAUUGGGUUGAAAACUAUUCUUUUGUAUUCGUUCAAAACAGCUUAUGGUUUUUUACACAUAAAAGCAAAAGUGAUAAAAAAUAAAAUAUGGGAUUUCAUGUUAGUAAUUGAUAAAGAUUUAAAUCAUACUUUUGUUCAAAAUUUUAAGGAAUAUGUUGAUGAAGAAUGGAAAUGGUCAAUAGAAAUAUCAGUUAUAUUGAAAAUUGAUAGUAAAUAUAUAUAUGAUAAAAGAAUACCUAUUUAUAUAAAUUUAACUCUUUUAUGGAAGAGAGAUAUAAUUGUCAAGUGCUGUUACGACAAUGAUAAAGAAUUUAUAUAUGCGUGCGAAUAUUUCUCUAAUGAUGAUAAAAAUUUGUUGUUAAACUCGUUGAUAGGGCAUUGUGAAGGUAUAAUAUUCCGAAAAACACACCUAAGUUCUUAUAAUUUGAGCAUAAAUGUUUAUAUUAAUGUAGGCAAAUCAGAUAAUGUCUUUACAAACAUACCAAAUAGUAAUACAGGUUUUAUUUUUUUAAUUCGCUACGUUAAUUCUAUGCCUCUCUUUGGCAAUAAUGCGGCUGAUUGUUCUAUAACAAAUGAUUGCAAAAAUUUUUUAAAACUCUAUGGACCUCAGUUUGGGAUGGAGCUCUUCAAUAUUGAAAACCUAAAUGAAUUGUGUCCAUACGAAUUAUCUAACUUGGAAUGUCUUGAAGAUUUAAAACAUAUAGCGCACGCAUUUUAUGUGAAGAGAUCGGAGAAAUCUACAUGGAACACAAUCAUUUUGGGGAUAGACGUUAGGGGAAGCGAUAUUUCCUUUGCUAACUUAAACAAAUCCUGCAUAAAAGAAGGAGAGUACCUAUCUAAUUUACUAAAAAAAUGCACACUGAAUUUGUUUAAUAGUGUAAAAACGGAACUACCACAGGAAUUUGAGAGUCUUUCAGAUUAUCAGCUAAGACAGGCUUUAGACAUAUAUGGUGUUCAGCUAGCUUCAUCAUUAAGUAAAAUAAUUCUAAAAGGAAGAGAGGAGUUUAAAAAUAAAAUAUUUUUCCUACUGAAUGAGAAGAAAAAAGAAAAUCCGGAUAUAUCUGAAAAGGAAAAAACCAGGAGCUCUAAUAGUAUAAAUGAGGAUGGCCUAUUCGAGAGGUUCUACCACCAUAUCAAGGAAAAGAUCUUGUCUAAUGAACGAGAAAAUGAUCUUGUUAAUAUGGAAAGUGCUUCAUCGGUAAGAUCAAAUAAAUCAGCAUGUGAACAAAACGCUCAGGAGGAAAAUGAUGCAGAUGACAAUGACGACGGAUAUGGAAAUGAUGAUGGAGAUGAUGAUGGAGAUGAUGAUGGAAAUGAUGAUGGAAAUGAUGAUGAAAGCGAUAAUAAUAAUUAUGGCGAUAGCAAUGGAUAUAAUGAAUAG